AUGGGCGGUGGCAACGGCCAGAAGUCCAAGAUGGCCCGCGAGCGCAACUCGGAGAAGAACAAGGCGGCCAAGGGGAGCCAGCUUGAGACCAACAAGAAGGCCAUGAGCAUCCAGUUGUCUGUAGCGAAAUUUGGCUUCAGAAAUGGCACUAUUGUACUAAUCCCAACUAUUGCCCAUGAAAAACAACUUAGUCCAUUUGGUUUGUCUGUGCAAACUGUUCUACAUCAGGCACUAGAUUCCUAUCCAAUGCUUGGAAUUGGAAUUUGA